CUUUGGCUAGCCGGAAGGAGUCUCUGCCAGCACCGGGAAGCGUCUGAGGGGAAAUCCGAAGUGACAGGGGCAAAGGAGAGAGAAGCCCCCGCUGCGUAGGAACUCUGUGAGGGAGGCUGAGCGCGCUCUGGUCUGCAGCCUCGGCGCCGCUCAGCCUCCCCUCCUCACACCUGUAGCGCGGGGCCGGCCGCCUGUCCCGGCUCAGCCUCGCCAGCGCUGCUGCUGGUGUUGCUCGCUCCCUGCGGCUGCGCCUCCUCCCGGUCUUGGAGAAACAGCAGCAGCAGCAGCCGCUGCCGCUUCCUCCUCUGCAGCCACUCGGGCAGCGGCGGCCUUGACGUCGUUUCCUUCCAACAUGGCGAGCGCAGGAGGAGGUUGCUGCUGCUGCUGCCGCCGCCGCUGCUAUUGCUCCUACUGCCGCCGUCGCCGCUGCUGCUAAUGGAGGCGGAGGCCAGCCGGCUCUGAGGGCUGCGCGUUCUCCGGAGGGCCGGUUCUCCUUUCCCCCCACCCCGAGCGAGGUCCGCAGUCGCCGCUCUUGCGCCCGGAGGUGGGAAGAAGCUGCGCUUGGGGCUCCUUCGCCAGGGGUGCCGCCCGGGCAGCUGCGGCUUGAGGCACCGAACCAGCUCCCUCUUCUCCCCUCUCUCCCUGCGUCCCCAUGUAUGAGGGGAAGAAGACAAAAAACAUGUUCCUGACCCGGGCCUUGGAGAAGAUCCUGGCCGACAAGGAGGUGAAGAAGGCGCACCAUUCCCAGCUGCGCAAAGCCUGCGAGGUGGCCCUAGAGGAAAUAAAAGCAGAAACUGGAAAACAAAGUCCUCCUCAUGGAGAAGCAAAGGCUGGUUCAAGCACUCUUCCACCUGUGAAAUCAAAAACAAGCUUUAUUGAGGCAGACAAGUACUUCUUACCUUUUGAAUUGGCAUGCCAGUCCAAGUGUCCAAGAAUUGUUAGUACGUCAUUGGAUUGUUUGCAGAAACUUAUAGCUUAUGGACAUUUAACUGGAAGUGCUCCAGAUAGUACAGCGCCUGGGAAAAAAUUGAUUGAUAGAAUUAUUGAAACAAUAUGUGGCUGCUUUCAAGGUCCUCAGACAGACGAGGGGGUUCAGCUACAAAUUAUAAAGGCUCUACUCACAGCAGUAACUUCUCAACACAUAGAGAUUCACGAAGGGACAGUGCUGCAAGCUGUAAGAACAUGUUACAAUAUCUAUCUUGCAAGCAAAAAUCUCAUAAAUCAAACCACAGCCAAGGCUACUCUCACACAAAUGCUGAAUGUUAUAUUUGCACGUAUGGAAAACCAAGCACUUCAAGAAGCCAAGCAAAUGGAGAAAGAGAGACAUCGGCAGCAGCACCAUCUACAGCAGUCGCCCUUAAGCCAUCAUGAGCCUGAAUCACCUCAGUUGAGACAUAUUUCAGAGCAGACUAUUGAUCAGCUCUCCCAGGACCAUGAAGGGGACUUGGACCAUCAUGCAAAUGAUGUGGACAAAAGCCUUCAAGAAGACACAGAAGCAGAAAAUGGAUCUGAUAUUUCGAGUGCAGAAAAUGAGCAGACUGAAGCUGACCAAGCAACAGCAGCAGAAACUCUGUCUAAAAAUGAUACAGGGCCAUAUGAUGGAGAAAGCAAUCAAUAUGAAGAAACGGCACAGGAUAUUGUACAAAGUAUAGUCCAAGAAAUGGUGAACAUAGUAGUAGGAGAUGUAGGACAAAGAACUGCUGAAAAGGUUAUGAUUGAUGGACCAAUGGGGACUUCAGAAGAUGGAAGUGACAGUGAAAACAUCCAGGCAAAUGGAAUUCCAGGGACACCUAUUUCUGUUGUUUAUACACCAUCUUUACCUGAUGACAGGUUAUCAGUCUCUUCCAAUGACACUCAGGAAUCUGGAAAUUCUUCAGGACCUACCCCUGGUGCUAAAUUUUCCCACAUCUUGCAAAAGGAUGCCUUCCUAGUAUUCAGGUCACUGUGUAAACUCUCUAUGAAGCCUCUGUCUGAUGGUCCACCUGAUCCAAAGUCUCAUGAAUUGCGGUCAAAGAUCCUUUCAUUGCAGCUGCUGCUGUCUAUUCUGCAAAAUGCAGGACCUGUUUUCAGGACAAAUGAAAUGUUUAUCAAUGCUAUUAAGCAGUAUCUUUGUGUUGCACUGUCUAAAAACGGAGUCUCGUCUGUUCCAGAAGUGUUUGAACUUUCGCUUUCUAUAUUCCUCACUCUACUUUCAAAUUUUAAGACUCACCUGAAAAUGCAGAUUGAGGUUUUCUUCAAAGAGAUUUUUUUGUAUAUCUUAGAAACCUCUACUAGCUCCUUUGAUCAUAAAUGGAUGGUUAUACAAACACUGACAAGGAUAUGCGCAGAUGCCCAGAGUGUAGUGGACAUCUAUGUAAACUAUGAUUGUGAUUUGAAUGCUGCAAACAUAUUUGAAAGACUAGUUAACGACCUGUCCAAGAUUGCUCAAGGAAGAGGCAGUCAAGAACUUGGAAUGACCAACAUUCAGGAGCUAAGCCUGAGAAAGAAGGGACUUGAAUGCUUAGUCUCCAUAUUGAAGUGCAUGGUGGAAUGGAGUAAGGAUCAGUAUGUAAAUCCCAACUCUCAAACAACCCUAGGACAAGAAAAACCCACAGAACAAGACAGCACUGAAACAAAACACCCUGAGACAAUUAACCGAUAUGGCAGCUUAAAUUCCUUAGACUCCACAGCUUCAUCAGGAAUUGGUAGCUAUAGCACGCAGAUGUCUGGUACUGACAAUCCAGAGCAGUUUGAGGUUCUAAAGCAACAGAAGGAAAUAAUAGAACAAGGAAUAGAUUUGUUUAAUAAGAAACCAAAGAGAGGAAUUCAGUACCUGCAAGAGCAAGGUAUGCUUGGUACUACUCCUGAAGAUAUUGCCCAGUUCUUGCAUCAAGAAGAAAGAUUAGACUCUACUCAAGUUGGGGAGUUCCUAGGAGACAAUGAUAAAUUUAAUAAGGAAGUUAUGUAUGCCUAUGUGGACCAGCAUGACUUUUCAGCAAAGGAUUUUGUUUCUGCUCUGCGCAUGUUUUUGGAAGGCUUUCGUCUUCCGGGAGAAGCUCAGAAAAUAGAUAGAUUGAUGGAGAAAUUUGCUGCUAGAUACUUGGAGUGCAACCAAGGGCAAACCCUCUUUGCUAGUGCUGACACUGCUUAUGUCUUGGCUUAUUCAAUUAUCAUGUUGACAACAGAUCUCCAUAGCCCGCAGGUAAAGAAUAAAAUGACAAAAGAACAAUACAUUAAGAUGAACAGAGGUAUCAAUGAUAGCAAGGAUCUCCCUGAAGAAUAUCUAUCUGCCAUAUAUAAUGAAAUAGCAGGGAAAAAGAUUUCAAUGAAGGAAACAAAAGAGUUAACGAUACCAACAAAAACAAGUAAACAAAGUGUAGCUAGUGAAAAGCAGAGGCGACUUCUUUAUAAUUUAGAAAUGGAGCAGAUGGCUAAAACAGCUAAAGCUCUGAUGGAGGCAGUGAGCCAUGUUCAAGCUCCUUUCACAAGCGCAACACACUUGGAACAUGUAAGACCAAUGUUCAAGUUGGCAUGGACACCAUUCUUGGCUGCAUUCAGUGUAGGUUUGCAAGACUGUGAUGACACAGAAGUUGCCUCUCUUUGCCUAGAAGGCAUACGAUGUGCAAUCAGAAUAGCAUGCAUUUUUAACAUCCAGCUUGAAAGGGAUGCUUAUGUCCAAGCACUAGCAAGAUUUACUUUACUUACGGUGAAUUCUGGUAUUACUGAAAUGAAACAGAAGAACAUUGAUACAAUAAAAACACUCAUUACAGUGGCUCAUACUGACGGAAAUUACUUGGGAACUUCUUGGCAUGAGAUUUUGAAAUGCAUCAGUCAGCUUGAAUUGGCACAGUUAAUAGGUACUGGAGUAAAGCCACGUUACAUCUCUGGGACUGUGAGAGGACGAGAAGGUUCUUUUACAGGAACAAAGGAUCAGGCACCUGAUGAAUUUGCUAGUCUAGGAAUAGUUGGAGGAAAUAUGGACUGGAAGCAGAUUGCAAGUAUUCAAGAAUCCAUUGGAGAAACUAGUUCACAAAGUGUUGUUGUUGCUGUAGACAGAAUAUUUACAGGAUCUACAAGGCUAGAUGGAAAUGCUAUUGUGGAUUUUGUUCGAUGGCUUUGUGCUGUGUCUAUGGAUGAACUGCUGUCUGCCACUCAUCCUCGGAUGUUUAGCCUGCAGAAGAUAGUGGAGAUUUCUUACUAUAACAUGGGGAGAAUAAGGCUUCAGUGGUCUAGAAUCUGGGAAGUUAUUGGAGAUCAUUUCAAUAAGGUUGGCUGUAAUCCCAAUGAAGAUGUAGCUAUUUUCGCAGUCGAUUCCUUAAGGCAGUUAUCAAUGAAGUUCUUAGAAAAAGGGGAACUUGCUAAUUUCCGAUUCCAGAAGGACUUCUUAAGACCAUUUGAACAUAUCAUGAAAAGAAACAGAUCUCCAACCAUUCGUGACAUGGUUGUUCGCUGCAUAGCCCAGAUGGUAAACUCCCAAGCAGCAAACAUCCGCUCAGGAUGGAAGAAUAUUUUCUCAGUUUUUCAUCUGGCUGCAUCUGAUCAGGAUGAAAGUAUAGUUGAACUUGCCUUUCAAACUACCGGUCACAUUGUCACAAUUGUGUUUGAGAAACACUUCCCAGCAACUAUAGAUUCUUUCCAGGAUGCAGUUAAAUGCUUGUCCGAAUUUGCAUGCAAUGCAGCUUUUCCAGAUACAAGUAUGGAAGCAAUUCGCCUUAUUCGUCAUUGUGCAAAAUAUGUAUCAGAAAGGCCACAGGCUUUCAAAGAAUAUACCAGUGACGAUAUGAAUGUAGCUCCAGAAGACAGAGUCUGGGUGAGAGGAUGGUUUCCAAUUCUCUUUGAGCUUUCCUGUAUCAUCAAUAGAUGCAAAUUAGAUGUAAGAACCAGAGGCUUAACGGUUAUGUUUGAAAUAAUGAAAACGUAUGGCCAUACUUAUGAAAAACACUGGUGGCAGGAUUUGUUUCGGAUUGUCUUCCGGAUAUUUGACAACAUGAAAUUGCCAGAACAACAAACUGAAAAAGCUGAGUGGAUGACAACAACUUGCAACCAUGCACUUUAUGCAAUAUGUGAUGUAUUCACCCAGUAUUUGGAAGUACUUAGUGAUGUCCUUUUGGAUGAUAUAUUUGCCCAGCUGUACUGGUGUGUUCAGCAAGACAAUGAACAACUAGCACGAUCUGGUACAAACUGCCUAGAAAAUGUUGUCAUUUUAAAUGGUGAGAAGUUUACCCUUGAAAUCUGGGAUAAGACUUGCAACUGUAUGCUGGAUAUCUUCAAAACUACGAUUCCCCAUGCGCUUUUAACUUGGCGGCCAGCAGGGGGAGAUAUUGCUCCUCCGUCUCCUGGAAGAGAGAAACAAUUGGAUACACUAUCUCAGAAAUCUGUAGAUAUCCAUGACUCUGUGCAGCCAAGAUCUUCAGAUAGAAGACAGUUCCAGCCCAUUGUGGGGCUACCAGCAAGUGAGGAAGCCAGCAAAAACAAGCCUCCUGCAAAAUUUCCUGACCAGAAACUGUUUGGUGCUCUGUUGAUCAAAUGUGUCGUUCAACUGGAACUCAUUCAAACAAUCGACAACAUCGUCUUCUUCCCAGCAACCAGCAAAAAGGAAGAUGCAGAGAAUCUUGCUGCAGCACAGAGAGAUGCAGUAGACUUUAAUGUUCACGUGGAUACACAAGAUCAAGGAAUGUAUCGCUUUUUAACAUCCCAGCAGCUUUUCAAGUUGCUGGACUGUUUGCUGGAAUCUCACAAAUUUGCUAAAGCUUUCAAUUCAAACAAUGAGCAAAGAACUGCACUGUGGAAAGCAGGUUUCAAAGGAAAAUCUAAGCCCAAUCUGUUGAAACAAGAGACAAGUAGCCUUGCCUGUGGGUUACGCAUUCUGUUCCGUAUGUAUAUGGAUGAAAGUCGCAAAGACGCAUGGGAGGAAGUACAGCGGAGACUACUAAAUGUCUGCAGUGAAGCUCUCAGUUACUUCCUUACUUUAACAUCAGAAAGUCAUCGGGAAGCUUGGACUAGCCUGUUACUUUUAUUCUUAACAAAGGUCCUAAAAAUAAGUGAUGAUCGGUUCAGAGCUCACGCAUCAUUCUACUAUCCUCUCUUGUGUGAAAUAAUGCAGUUUGAUCUGAUUCCUGAGCUGCGAGCUGUUUUGCGAAGGUUUUUUCUGCGGAUAGGGGUAGUUUUUCAAAUAUCUCAGCCGCCAGACCAAGGAAUGGGAACAGCCAAGCAGUAGAAGUGUGGCUAAGGAAACAAAGGACCAAGAUCACUUGCACUGAAUGUCCAUAAAAAGGGGCUCUCUUGAUAUGGAAGUGUGCAUCUACGGGUUCACCAUACAGAUUAAAACUGUAAUUUAGGCUUGCAACACUCUAGUUCUCCAGUGGGUUCUCUCUCCCUCUCUCCCUCCACUGGCUUGUGUUGACCAUGGAGCCAGUUUCACCACAGUCUUGUUGUCAGCCUGGACUGUGAUGGCCUCUUAACUUUCCUAGACAGAGAUAUAUAUCAAAAGAUGUUUAUGAUGGGUGUGAAUUUAAGAUGUACCCAAAGAACUAACACAUUUAAGAAGUCUGAACUUUGACAGAAGUACAACUCAGGAGGGCUGCAUUUUGAAAAAGAAAAGUUUGUAGUAAAAGAUAUGAAAAUAUUGCUCAUGUAAGAGAUCUAGCAACUAUGUGGAAUUCUUAUUCUGGAGAUAUUUCUUUUGCACACUCAGGCUAUCUGAGAUAUAGGUAAUCAUCCUUCUGUGGAAAAAAAAUGUACAGAGAUGCAGGUCUGUAAUAUAAAGUCCUAAACACUAUAUAGUUAUUCCUGCAUUCUUUUAUUUCUUAGAGACCUGUACGUUUGUUUACCAAAUGCACUAGUAAGGGGUUGAGUUCUGAUUUUUUCCAUCUGUAUCCCAAAAGCUAGCCUUGCUGCCUUUUGUCAAGAAAACAGAUUGAAAAUGUUACAACUGACUAACUGUUUGUAAUAUACCUGUGAUAGGGCUUUUUAAUAUAAUAAGCCAUCGCAAUGAUCCUUCAGGACUGGAACUUGAAUCACUGCAAACAAGUCUAGGUUUUGUCCGCUGUCACUUUUUUUCCUUUCCCCCCCCUUUUUUUGGGUUGUUUGAUGUAGAUUUCACUAUGUACAGAAUUUAAUGUUGAAUAUAUUCAAGUAACAAAUCUGGCAUGGUUUGAGGAUGGUUUAAAUUUAUUGGAAAUGUAUUCAUACUGUGAAUUGUGCUCUGAUGGUUAAAGAAAAGAUUGUCAAGCAUUCUGUCUUACAGUGGAUGUAGAAAAAAUUUUCAGAUGGAAAAAUGUAUAUGGUACAGCUCUGUAAAGUUUUCUAUGUAAAUUCUGUACAACUUUCUGUACAAUAUUGGUUCUCAUCUGGCAUAUUCUAAUCAGGUUAUAGGUCAAUAAAGUUUUUGAAUUCUU